AUGUCGCGAUCAUCGCCUUUCACAUACGAUGACGGUCCUUUGGUGUGGAUCGACUGCGAGAUGACGGGCCUGGACGCGACGAGAGAUCAAUUAUUGGAGAUUGCUGUGAUCAUAACCGAUGGGAAGCUCAAUCCUGUCGAUGAGGGGAUUGACUAUGUCAUUCGGACUGAGGAGGCGGUGUUGGACAGUAUGGGGGAAUGGUGUGUCGAACAACACGGCAAAAGCGGUCUUACUGCCGCAUGCCUCUCUUCGCCUCAUACGCAUCAAGAAGUCGAAAAAACGGUCAAGGAGUAUAUAAUGAGAUGGAUACCUGAGCCAGGAGCGGGGUUACUGGCUGGUAGCUCGGUCCAUCUUGAUAAAGCGUUCUUAGUCCGCUACAUGCCUAGUAUCACCGAUCAUUUGUCAUACCGCAUUCUCGACGUCAGCUCUAUCAAAGAGAUAUGUCGAAGAUGGUAUCCCUCAAUUCGAAAGAAAGAAAGUGAUAGUCGGGAAGGAGAGGUGGCACAUCGAGCCUUGGACGAUAUCCAAGGAAGCAUACGGGAACUCAAAUUCUACAGGGAUCACAUCUUCCCACCUCUCGAGCCUGUACCAUAUUCCACUCCCGCAGCUAGCACGGUUUCGUCAGCAGAAGAAGCAACCAUAUAG